CAUGGAUGAUGAUCGUGUCUUCAUCAACUACUGUCAACUUUGGCCUGAAAUCCCAAAACUCACAAUUUUUAUACAUUCGAGGACUAUCUUGGAGUGACAGCUUCGCUUAGAAGGAAUGUUGAUGAGUUUAACAUUACCAUGACCAUAGGACCAGAGAUUACCGCCUAUUACGGCACCGUCAUCCACUCAACCUCACCGGCCGGUCUACGUAUUCUCGACAACACUCUCUUGAUAAUUUCGCACGUCACGGGAAAUAUCGACCACCUGAUACCAGGCCUCCAACCAGACCGGCUAUCAUCCACACUUGCGUCGCUUCAUCACUCCAAUAUAACAAUCAAUCGCCUCUCCGCCGCUCAAUUCAUUAUACCUGGCUUCAUUGAUACCCACAACCACGCACCACAAUGGCUCACCCGAGGCCUCGGUCAAGGCAUGCACAUUCUGGACUGGCUUCGCGAAGUCACAUUCCCAGCAGAAGCCCGAUACGCCGACGAGGAACAUGCUCGACUUUCGCACAAGCUACUAGUAAAGGGCAUGCUUCGGCAAGGUGUCACUACUGCCAGUUAUUACUCCUCUUUACACGGCCCAGCCACGCGGAUUCUUGCAGAUACAUGCCUCAGCAUGGGGCAGCGCGCACUAGUGGGCAAAUGCAACAUGAACCGCGGAUCUCCGGGCAACUAUAUCGACGCGUCUACGGAACAAUCAAUGAAAGUGACCCACGAAUGUAUCGACCACAUCCGCACCAUCGAUCCAGAAGCAUCGUUCGUUCGCCCAGUCCUCACGCCUCGGUUCGCUAUCUCAUGCACGCCCGAUCUGCUUACGCAACUCGGUGCCCUUGCGGCGAAGGAGCCCACUAUUCCCAUCCAAACGCACUUCAACGAAGCCCAGCAAGAGAUUGAUGCCACUUUAUCUCUGUUCCCUUCCCACAAGGAUGAGGUAUCUCUGUACUCUUCCUUCGGCCUCCUCAACGAUCGCUCGAUCCUGGCACAUUGCACAAUCAUGAAGUCAGAAGAAACGCAGCGCCUCGCGGAGUUGGGUUGCGGUAUCGCACACUGUCCCACAGCCAACAUGACCGUAGGAGGAGGCUUCAUGGCUGCACCCGUGAGAGACUUCCUCAACAGAGGCAUGAAAGUGGGGUUGGGAACCGACUCGGGCGGCGGCUAUUCAUCGUCCAUGCUGAAUGCAAUGAGACAUGCGCUUAUUGCGUCUUUCGCUCGGGAAGCAAAUCACGGUGAUUCUUCCAUGAAAGGCCUGUCUAUUGAUGAAGCAUUUUGGAUGGCUACGCUGGGUGGUGCGAAGGUCGUCGGCUUAGGUGAUAGCAUUGGCAAUUUCGCAGUUGGGAAACAGUUUGAUGCUGUGUUGGUUGAUAUGGAUAGUGGCCUAGGGGGUGUGAAUGCACCAUUUCAAGGUUUCGAUUCGCCCAGGACUUUGUUUGAAAAGUUCAUAUUGACGGGGGAUGAUCGGAACAUGCUGAAAGUGUUUGUCAAUGGCAGGCUUGUACAUUCGCAAAGUUGAUGAAAUGGAACCGCAUAAAUGAGCCGAUUUGUGCGAAUCAAUAAUUCGUCAUCUGGUUGUCAUCUCUUUCCAAAUCCGACUUUACUUCCAGCGAUUUCAACUUCUCUUGAGCAAUGUGACGAAUCACGUGAGACCAUCACCUGACCUAUGACG